CACGUACACACACCUACCUCCUGCGCUCUGCAACCCCUCCCGUCUCUGCUUUUCCUCUAGUCUCUUCAGCUUUGCCUGUCAGUAAGGUACUACUCCACUGUUGGAGGCUUCCCUCCCCCGGACUGUGUACGAGAGCAAGCCGCUGUCGUACCCUGAGGCACGGAGCUCUACUCUUACAGAUUAACCAUGGCUACAAUCGUGACUUCGACCAGGUUUACCGACGAGUACCAACUCUACGAAGAGCUCGGGAAGGGAGCGUUUUCAGUGGUGCGUAGGUGUGUGAAGAAGUCGUCAGGACAAGAAUAUGCCGCAAAAAUCAUCAACACUAAGAAGCUGUCUGCUAGAGACCAUCAGAAACUGGAGAGGGAAGCUCGCAUCUGCCGCCUCCUGAAACACUCCAACAUUGUGAGACUCCAUGACAGCAUUUCAGAGGAAGGCUUUCAUUACCUUGUCUUCGACCUGGUGACAGGAGGGGAGCUUUUCGAAGACAUUGUGGCCCGGGAGUAUUACAGUGAGGCCGAUGCCAGUCAGUGUAUCAGCCAGAUCCUGGAGAGCGUCAAUCACAUCCACCAGCAUGAUAUCGUGCACCGGGACCUCAAGCCUGAGAACCUGUUGCUGGCCAGUAAGAUGAAGGGAGCUGCAGUGAAAUUGGCGGACUUUGGCCUGGCUAUUGAGGUCCAGGGAGACCAGCAGGCCUGGUUCGGCUUUGCGGGCACCCCUGGCUAUCUCUCCCCUGAGGUCCUGAGGAAGGACCCCUAUGGAAAGCCUGUGGAUAUCUGGGCCUGUGGUGUAAUCCUCUACAUCCUCCUGGUGGGAUACCCUCCAUUCUGGGACGAGGAUCAACACAAGCUCUAUCAGCAGAUCAAAGCCGGGGCCUACGACUUUCCAUCCCCCGAGUGGGACACGGUGACCCCGGAGGCCAAGAACCUGAUCAACCAGAUGCUGACCAUCAACCCGGCCAAGAGGAUCACAUCCGAGCAGGCCCUGAAGCACCCAUGGGUCUGCCAACGCUCCACAGUAGCGUCCAUGAUGCACAGGCAGGAGACCGUGGAGUGUCUCCGCAAGUUCAACGCUCGUCGGAAACUCAAGGGAGCCAUUCUCACCACUAUGCUGGUGUCUAGGAACUUCUCAGUGGGCCGGCAGCAUACCAACUCUGCUGCUGCCGCCUCCUCCACGGCCUCGCUGGCUCAGGAAGCAUGCAAAAGUUUACUCAACAAGAAGUCCGACUCAGCCAAGCCCUCGACCAACAACAGUAAGAACAGUAUAGUGAGCGCCAUCAAUGCCCUGAAAGACAGCAACAUGGGAACCAACUCCCAGAUGGAAUCCCAGAGCACCGUGGUCCACAACCCCCCCGACGGUGUCAAGGGAUCAACGGAGAGCAAUGCAACCAAUGACGAGGAGGAGAUGAAGGCGGACAGCUCGGUGCUGAGUCAGAACAGUGCCACAGAGGAGAUGCCCCUCCUCCUCUCCUCAUCCCAGAGUUCACCUGCCACUGUUCCGCCGAAUGACAUAAAGCGCAUGGCAUGGAACAGCACGGGCAACAGCAGCUCCUACCCCGAGUCAGAGCAGGCUCAGUCUGCCCCCGACGCGGCUCCACUAGGGGGCAGCGCCGUCCCAGCUAAGACCAACACGCAGCUGACUCGCAAACAGGAGAUAAUCAAGAUAACAGAGCAGCUGAUUGAGGCGGUCAAUAAUGGCGAUUUUGAUGCUUACACGAGGAUUUGUGAUCCUGGGCUCACCUCUUUUGAACCUGAGGCUCUAGGGAACCUGGUCGAGGGCAUGGACUUCCACAAGUUCUACUUUGAGAACUUGCUGAGCAAGAACAGCAAGCCCGUGCACACCACUCUGCUCAACCCCCACGUGCACCUGAUCGGCGAGGACGCGGCGUGCAUCGCCUACAUCCGCCUCACCCAGUUCCUGGACUCCACGGGCCGCCCGCGCUCCAGCCAGUCGGAGGAGACCCGCGUGUGGCACCGCCGCGACGGCAAGUGGCUCAACGUGCACUUCCACUGCUCAGGGGCCCCGGCCGCGCCGCUCCAGUGAUCAGUAGUCCAGAGGCUCCAGUCUACUGGAGUGUGCGUUUUUGGGGGGCAGUUUUUUCGGCGAGUGUGUUUAAGGGGCCCGUCCUCUGCGUGGAUUGGCUAAUGCCUAGGAGCCCGGCCGGGCAAGAUUGCAUCCCUCUCCACGACACCAACCAAUCCCAGUCCCUCCUUUGACCUGCUGGGGGCCGGCCGAACACAGACUCCGCCCCCAUGGGAUGAUGCAUGCAACUGGCGCCUGACCGGAGGGCGCACCUUAGCCCUCUGACCCCCCUCCCCCGGCGGCCAUCUUUUUUCUGCCCGUGCAAGACGAGACACCCUGGGGGAGACAGCGUUUACAGUUGAACUUGUGACAGUUUAUGAGUAUGAGUAAUGAAUAUAUUGUUAAUUAUGACUAGCUGUACCAGAAAAAUCACCAAAACACAACCAACCAAGCAUUUAUAUUUACUAUCUUAAAAAAAAAGAAAAAAAAGGGAGAAGCGACGAGGGGGGGGGGGGGGGGGGGGAGAGAUUGGCGGCAGCGGCAGCCGAACUGGGAUUUUAACCGUGCACCCGCAGCAGGGGGGGGUCUCUAGUGGACCCCAGGGGCAGACGGCGCUGUGCUGGGUACCGGCAUUUUGAUGUGUAUAUGACGUAGGGAUGCUUUCCUCUAGGUAAGCAGUCCAGCUGGCAUGGGGGAGGGGGGGGGGGGGGGGUUGUUGUCAGACUGGAACGGAGUCAGCAGGAGAAACUAACCGGAAUGAAACGAGCAAGCUUGAUAUCAACGACAUGAAGCACCAAAGUGUAGAACUUUACGCUUUUUCUGUGUACUCAUGUGUGUUUUUCCGUGUGCUGUUCUGUCGAGGGGUGCUGA